CCUCCCCCCCAACCUGCGCAGCGUGCAAAUACCAGCGCCGCAAAUGCAGUCCAAACUGCAUCCUCGCCCCUUUCUUCCCCGCCGAUAAGCCCCAAAUCUUCCUCAACACCCAUCGCCUCUUCGGACUCUCCAAGAUCAUCAAAAUCCUAAACUCCCUCGAAGCCAAUGCUCGCCCGGAAGCCAUAAGAUCGAUCAUCUUUCAAUCAAAUGCUCGCGCUCAAGAUCCCGCCGGCGGAUGCUACCGCAUCGUGCUGCAAUUGCAGGACAGCAUUCAGCUUUAUCGGGCUAGGCUUGACCACGUUUUGCGGCGGAUUUCGGCGAUUAGGGAGCGGGCUCAGAUCUUGCAGGCUGAAACAAGUGGUUCUUGCGAUCAAGAUCUUGAGCAAUGUUUGAACUCGGGAGCUAUUGCUCGACAGCCGGGGGAGGUCUAUAAUGGCGGAUCGGAGGUGCGGGGGGUUCCAAUCCAGGGAGACGUAAAAUUGCGGAUUUAGGGUUCAGCUCUGUGAAUUCUUUGUGGAGGAGGAUUUUUCGUUACGUUUAUCCUUAAUAAUUAUUAUUAGAUAAUGAUGUUGAUAGUGAAGAUGUAAUUAUUAGUUGUUUUAUGGGUAAAUAAA